UCUAUACAAGAAGCCCAUCUCAGAGAAUCCAAGUUAAUUGAAACUAACUUGAUUUCUUUCCAUGGCCAGACAAGGCUCUCAGCAGCUCUCUGCAGAAAUGGAGACCCUGAGCCACAUCCUGCGGCUGCUGGAGGCCUUCAGGGCUUUUGAUGGCGACAAUGAUGCCCACAUCAACUCUGCAGAACUCGGCGCGCUCAUGGGCUCGCUCGGCUACAACCCCAGCGCUCAAGACGUGGACAGAAUGAUGCAGCAAGGAGACACAAAUGGAGACGGGCUGCUGAGCGUCGAGGAGUUCUUGGAGAUGAACACCACGGAGUUGGAGAUCGGCAGCCUGGCGGCUCACCUGGGAACCGCUUGUGAAGCUUUCGAUAUGGACGAGGUGGUGACUGGAGAGGACCUGCAGGUUGCUCUGAUAGAUAUGGGAGUGGAGUUUCCUCUUGAGAAUUGCCGGGAGAUUGUUGCUUCCAUGGAUGGACCUAUUACGGCUGAGGAUUUGAAAAUUAUAGUCAGUUCUCUACUUCACAUUAGAAAUGUUACCUAGCUUGGAUGGAUGGAUGCCUACGACAUACGUUAAUGUAACACAUGCAAGUAGAAAUAAUCUCCACUGUUCUCAUGGAGGAUCUGCACUAUAUAUAUAUAUAUAUAUAUAUGAUAGAUUAAUAAGCUA